AUGCCUGUUCCUUUCGAGACGCUCAUUCCUUAUGGAAUCAUGAUUGCCAUGUUCGGUAUCACCGGUACCGGACUGCACGUCAUCAAGGGCAUCCAGAACGGUGGAAAGAAGCCUCGUUGGGGUCUGGACCAGUGGGAUCGGGUAAUGAUGGACCGAGACCGUAGACUUACGGGCGACUUGCGUGGGCAAAUUGGAAACCACGAAGCGCCUCCUGGCUUCGAGCUGAACAACCCUUGGAGAUUAGAGAAGCGCAUCUCGUAG